AUUUUAUUAUUGUUAUUUUUAAAGGGCCGCAUCCGCCUCUGAAAAAAUUAAAUUGUUUCAGGCCCUUGUCCUUAAACAAUAAUGUUGUAGUUCGAUCUAUACUGUUCACUAAUCAAAUCAGUAAAAAUGCAGCAGAAUCAAGCGGCAGCAAAACCGCAAAUCAACCGCAAACCUUUGGACGAAUGGUCGAUAAAAGAAAAACUGACCCUCGCGUCCCUUGUAGCGAAAAUGGGCGAUCAGCACUGGAUGACGGUGAGUCGUUCCAUGAAGUCACUCGAAGGAGCAAAUCGACCGGCUGAUUGGUUUCAUCAGAAAAACUGCGCCGCUCAAUAUUGCGCUUUGCUGAGCACUGUUGAAACCCCCAAAAGAAAAUCGCGAGGUGGUAAUGGAGAUGCCCCUGUAGAACCACCAGUGGAAUGUAUUAAAAGACGACUUGUAGCUGAAAGAAAGGCCGAACUAACUAAACUUAUGGCCCAAGCAAAAUCCGAAUACAAACAAAUACAAGAUGACAUUAAACUUAUAAAAAGCGGACAGGCAACUGAGCAACAAAUUGACAAAUGGGACAAGGAAAUUGAUGAAGAGGAAUUGAAAAAAGGACAAGAUGCUAUGUGGUUAAAGCAAAGAGAAACCAAAAAGCAAGACAUGGAAAAAGUACUCAAAUCAAUUAAACCCUCUUCUGUUGCUCAAAAACGUAAACUCCCCGAAGACUUUGAAGAUACCAGAGAUGAUACUACCACUACUGAUAAUAAAGAAGCUAUUAAGUUUUUAACAACAACCCCGCCACCAACAAGUCAGCAACUUAAAUCCUAUUUUGACAUUCAGCAACAAUUAGCUGUGCCUCAACAAGAACCUGCAAAACCAGCACUGUCUCCAUUAUUGACCAGCCUAUUGAAAUCACCAUCUCAAGUGCAAAAUAUUACUCCUACUCCAUCUAUUUUGCACAAUGUCAUCACUAGUAGCAGCAGCAAAAUGGCAGAAAAUAGUCCUGCUAUUACUAGUCUGUUAAAUACUAAUUUAACACAGCAAUUGGCAAAUAAAGUUACAGAAAAUCCCAAUCAGUUGGAUUUAUUGGACGAUUCCAAUAUAAAAAUUGAUGAUUUAGCUAAGAGCAUUUUAGAAGAGGAUAGCCAGUUUCUUGAAAUCAAAAAGGAAGAAGUUGACGAUAUUAUUUCAAAAAUCAUCGAAAAUCACGAUAUUGUUGAUGAUCCAGAACAGCAUUUGCAAUUGGACAAAAACGGCGAUAUAAGUAUUAAUUUGGAAAUUGAUGAUUUGGAGCCGGAACCUGUAAUUGAACCAAAAAAACAGGCUGAAGUUAAAAAAGAGAAACCAGCUCCUGUUGUAGAUCCGUUUGAAUUUCAAGAAGAUCCUGUUAUAUUUGAGUCCCCAGUAAAACCUUCAACAUUGAAACAGGAAUAUGUUCCCUUGUAUCAACAACAAUCUCCUAUAAAAUCUGAAGAAAGAAAAAGUAUUGAAGCUGCUGAAAAUCCUAUAGCAACUGAAACUGUUGAAGAGAAUAAAUCUAAUAAUGAAAAAGAUGUUGAAGAAAUAAAGCCUGAAAUUGUUGCUGAAGUUGAUACAAAAGAAACUGAAACCUCUUCGGACCAAAAAACCACUUCAGAUACUGAAACUGUAAAGCAGCAAAGUGGAAACAAUUUUGAAGAUUUAUAUGAUGAUAACAUUAAAAUGGAAGUGAAAAUUGAUAAAACCGGAGGCACAAAAAGAGACUAUUCUCGCCCAAAAAAGAAAGAAGACAAAAGCUUCGAUAUGCUCCUAAUGUCCAUGGACAAAAAUUCUGAUCCAACUCUCUCAGAUGAUGGCCUAAAACGCACCAUAAAAACACGCCUCAAAUCCGAAAGCGAACGCUCCUUCAGCCCUUGGACCGAAGACGAAGACUCCCAUUCCAAACCCCCCAAACCAGAAACUCCAAUAGAUUCAUUCCCAAAUUCACCUGCUUCUGGAACUGUAGCUCUAUAUGAAGACGACAAAGAGCACCGCAAUUGGAAAAAAUCAGUAAUGCUUGUCUAUAACCGAUUAGCUAGUAACAGAUAUGCGUCACUAUUCAGAAAACCAAUCACAGACGAACAAGCGCCUUGUUAUAGCAACCUCAUUUAUAAACCAAUGGAUUUGUUAACAAUCAAGAAAAACAUUGACAGUGGAAUUGUAAGGACUUCUUUACAAUUAAAGCGAGACAUAAUGCUAAUGUUCCAAAACGCCCUCAUGUACAAUAAAACUAACGGAACUGUGUACACUAUGGCCUUGCAAAUGCAACAAGAAUCUUUGGAACCGAUUGAGAUUUUGUUGCAGGCCGAAGGAAAAGUUGAGACGCCGGUGAGGAGGGAGACUAGAACUAGCGAGUCGGGUUUUAAAAAGAAAAGCAGGCUGAUAGAAGAGGGAGGGAAGAAAAAGAAAAAAGAAGAUUAAGAAGAUAUUUUCUUUUUUGUUUUGUAUUUCAAUUAUUAAGUUAAUUGUUUCUUUGUCUUUAAAUAGGUAUUAAAUAAUUUGUAUUAUAAUUAUUAUUUUUCGAAAGAGUUGUGUAAAUCAAAUAAUUUACAAAAUAAAUAUGUAAAAUAAUCAA